GCCUGCUGCUGCCGCUGGUUCUCGUGGUGCCGCCGCACCGAAGAAGUACGGAGAUCGUCGAUACAGGGGCAAGCACCCUCGAGAGGGAGCCGCGGCAGCGGCAGCGUCUGUGCCCGACGACGAGACCUACGAAGAGGACUGGGCCGACGAGUGGGCUGGAGAGGACUGGGCCGAGGACGACGACGAGGAGUCGGAGAUUCCACCGAGCUCGGCGGAGUUUCGACGUACCCGCGGUGAUCGCAAGAAGUGGCGCGGAGGACCGUGCCCAGCCCCACCUCCACUCGAGGCCAGGUUUCAGAAUAUAUACAAGCAGCCGAGAUACUACCAGAAGUGGGUUAGGAAAGUCCACAUGUGGAAGGCCAGGGCGCGACACUACAAGCCGAUGGCCGAACUGGCCCUGGACCUUUCAGACGUCAUCACGGGCGAGGGCGCAGAGAUGAUCGAGUCCUUGGAAUGGACCCGGUUGUAUUCCCAGGAUGGUAUUGAUUUGGUGAUCAACUCCCUCGCCGUGUUUGACGAGCAGCAGAUCCUACAGGUUGGAGACCUCAUGGAAGAGUACGAAGAAGUGGAGCGUCUGCCCGGUGAGCUGCUGGCCGCAUACGUCGCGCAUUUCAAGGAUCUCGAGAUGCGGCUCAAGCGGGCAGAGCUUCCAGCUCAGCAAGGACAAUUUCGAGCAUUCAAGUUGUUGCGAAGUUCAUGUUUAUCGCCGGAGGUCCGGCGCAACCUUCUCCUCGCCACGGGCAAUGAGUAUGACUUCGACCGCCUCGUUCAGGAGGUUGACAGUAUCCAGGUCAUGCAGGAGGUGGCGGACGCUUUGACCGUCACCAGCGACAAGUUGAAGAAGCUGACCUUGGGCCGCGGGUGGACCGGAAGCGCCGCCCGGCAGGCCGCCGCAGACAUCGUCAGCACCGCCACAGAGAGGCACUGCGACGCCGCCGGCCGGCACGUCUUUUUCAGGAAGCAUUCGUGGAACAUUUACGGGAGACCGAUCCGGAGAUUCAAGAGCACCGGCGGCAUCUCAGAGGAUAAACGCGACCGAGCUCGCGCCGUUCAUGAUGCCUCGAUCGACCAGGACGAACCCGCCGAUGAAGACGAUGAGGAGUACGCCGCCGAUGCAGUAGAGCACGAGGCCUUAGUCACGCACCUCUCGCCCGACGAGCUGCAGCAGCGCGUGGCCGCCUUCAAGAGCAGGGUCGCCACCAGCGACAAGGGGGCCUCCCACGUUCGAUUUCAGGCAACGCCAGAAGUGCGUCAGUUUUCCGUGGAUUCUCGCGGAGCUCAGGCGGCGAGAAGCGGGACAAAAUCAUCGCAUCAGGUCGACGUCAUCUGGCAUGUCCGGACGCCCUUGGACGUUUGCUUCCUCGAGGAUUCCCAGGGUUUCUACAUUGUCAUCGACACAGGUUGCCAGCGCAACGUUGUGGGCUACGAGUGUUUGGGAAAGUUUCUGGAACAUAUCGCCUACCUGGGAUUGAGUUUCUGGGAAGCUGAGGAGCAAGAGAGGUUUCGGUUUGGAGUCAGUCGUGCGGUGAGCAAAUCUGUGGUGUAUUUCCCGAUAUGUCUUGAACAUGUGGUGCCCCUGGUUUGCCGUGCCUCAGUCUUGGACGUGAACCCUAAGUUGCCUUUCUUGGGAUCGUUACCGAUGUGGAAGCUCUUGGGCCUCCAGCUGGACACCUUGGGGGAAAGGGCUCAUUUCACCAAGAUCAACCUGUGCGACGUGCCUUUGAAGAUUGCCCCGAAUGGCCACUUGCUUCUGAGAGUCGACUCUUGGUUGAAGGAUGUGGGGUUCCCAAGGGAGCCCGAGGCCUGGAAGUUCACCCCCUCGGACGUCAUCAUCCCGGAGCCCCAGUGGAUCCCAGAGAACCUGGCGAUCAACGCGUGGAAGAACCUGAUGCAGCUGAUCAUGAACCACCUGUCGCACAUCAUCGGUCGCAGUCGCGAGCAGUUCCGGCAGAACAUGGAGAUGUCGAACCGGAUGAUGGGCGCGAUCGCGCAGAUGGGCCACGAGAUGGGCUACCUGACACCGAUGGCGGACUCAGUGAAGGCGAUCGCGAGAGGAGCCGCACAGGUUCCGGAGAGCGUGCUGCCACCGCCGCCGGCACCAGAGGAUCAAGCCCAGAACUACUCACAGCUGUGCGAGAAGAGGGACGUGUGCGCCCAUCCGACAACGAGGAGGUACUACGCCAAGGGGUACUGGCUGAUCUGCGACCAGUGCGGCCGGCGGUGGAAGUCGGUCAACGGGAAGUGGAUCGUGAUGGUGAAGAGAGGCGCCUGGAAGCGCCUUCUCGGCAUUGCUAAGAAGACGACCGCAGCCUGCGAGACGCUUAUUAACGUGAGUCAAGAUGCCGAUCGCCGAGCUGCCGAUUUACGAGACGCGGAAUGGUGCUGUUCGGACGUGGCCUUCAUGGACAUUCCCGUUCCUGAGUUGCCCGACCACCGGUACCUGGACAACGAGUGCCAGGCGUGCGGCACCGACCUCAUCGAGGGCUGCGCAGGAACAGCAAGACCUACGCGACUCGCUUCACGCUUUGAGCUGAGGGCCUCGCCGAGCGCCGACAUAGAGGACGGCUGGGACUUGUCAACUACGCGAGGUGCUCAGAGAUGGAAAGAUCAGAUACUGAAAGACAAGCCACUCUACGUGAUCGUAGGCUUCCCCUGCACGCUCUGGUGCUCCUACAAUGUCAAUGUGAAUUACGUCGACCAUCCCGAGCUGCUUGAGAGACUUCGUGCUCGGGAUCGACGGCUGAUUGACUUGAUCAAGUGGACCAUCAAGUACCAGGUGAAGCAUGGCCGGUUCUUCUUGUUCGAGAACCCGCCGACGUCAGCGAUCUGGAAGGACCUCCAGUUCGCCCCGCUCCUGCCCUUGGGCGAGACCGUUAUUGGCCAUGGGUGCCAGUACGGGAAGACAGGCAAGACUGGCCUGCCGAUUCGCAAGGCGUAUCGCUGGUUCUCCAACUCGCCGCCCGUGCUUGCGGCUCUGAGCCGCCGCUGCCCAGGACUUCGUCCGGAGUCCGGGGGCCACUUGCACGAUCAGAUUGAGAACUCGAAGUGGACAAAGGCCAGCGGCGAGUACACCGACGAGAUGGCCCACGCGAUGCUCUACGCGAUCCAGCAGGUCGCCGCCCAGAGGAAUCCGAGCAGGUUCGCCGACAUGCCGGUUGCGGCUACCGAGUGGGAGGUCGCCUACAACCACGCAGGUCCCAUCGAGGUGCUGUUCGCCUCGCCAGAGAAGGACCCCACCAGGUGGGAGGCGGUCAUGCAGGGCGUCCGACAGAUCGUGGGCGGUUCCGCCAACCGAGGCGGGAACAAGGCCAUGCGUUACCUUUCGAAGUCGUCCACGCUCUGGAGACAGAUUAGCCAGCUCGUCCCGUGGGACCUCACGAUGAUCCAGCUCGCGAAGGCAGCCAAGCAAAGGAGGUUCCCCAUCAACAAGGAGCCGUGGUCUCACCGUGGUCACUGCUACGUGGACGAGAAGGGGCAUUACCACAUCGAAGCCGAGGACCUGGUGGACGUGGCCUUCCCGACGUUGGCCUUGUCGCCGCCCGCGGACCUAGCCGUUUUCUUCUUCGGCUAUGCCAAGCAGGAGUCCCUCCCGCAGGAGCCUGACACGUCACAGAUAGAGAAGCGAAUGCCGCUUCCCCCGGACCCGAACGACCCGAUGCUGCCGAACAACAGCCUGCCGCCCGACGAGGACGACGACCUGCAGGACGUCCCGAUCGCUCGGAUGCCUGACGCGUCCGGCGGUAUGGCUGGUAUACGUUUUGUUGGAGUGACAAAGGAGCAGUGUCCUCGUGAAGUUCGCCAGCUUGUCGCUCGUAUGCACUGUAACUUGGGACAUCCGGUGCCCAGCGAGUUCUUCCAGUUCCUGGCUCAGAGAGGCGCCUCGCAGGCCACGCUGCUGUGCGCCAGAGCGCUGAGGUGCCCGGCGUGCCUUCGUCGCAAACGGCCUCAGCGACAGCGGGAGUCACAGAUUCCAAGGGUGGGUCUGUUCAACGACUUAGUCAAGGGCGACUUGUUCUACGUCAUGACCCACGACGGAGACGUCUGGGAGAAGUUCCAGACGUGCUGGCUCACCCCGUUCGGGAUUAUGCAGAUUCUGGUUGUCGACAGGGACGGCGCCUUCGAAGCCGUGUUCAUGGACAACUGCCACACGUUGGGAAUCGACGUGAGGUACGUGCCGCCGGGAGCUCACUGGCAGUUGGGCCUGGCCGAAUCCGGCAACUACGCCUGGCGCCGAGUCUUCGAGAAGGUGAUCGACGUCAUCCUGCCGACGAUGCCAGAGCACGUGGACCUUGCGAUCAUCUCGACGAGCCACGCCGUGAACCAGUCAGUGCGCCGAGCAGGCCGCACCGCCUAUGCCGCCGCCUUCGGACGGGUACCCACGCUUCCGACCGAGCUCUUGGCUGACACCACGUCCGCCGAGUUCUGGCACAAUUGCACCCAGGAUGAGAUGCUGGCCUGCGGGGAGAGAUGCCGCAUUGAGGCGCUCAAGGCGAUCGCCGACCUGGAGGCCGACGAGGCGCUGCGCACCUCCAUCCUCCGCCAGCCUGUCAACCGCAAGGAGUACGACUUCCUCUCGGGACAGCGCGUGGCAGCCUGGGGCGAGCAUGGUCGCAAGCGACGGGGCAAGACGCCCGUGGCAGGGUAUCGCCCAGGCAUUUUCUGUUUCUGGGAUUCCGGCACCAACGGCUACGGCGAGGGCGAGUCUGCCUGGUUGCGGAUCGGGCACCGCACUGUGCAGGUGGCCCGCGAACACAUACGCCCAGCCGUCGGUUUCGAGGGCUGGACCCCUUCCGAGGAGGACCUCAAGGAGCUCAAGACGGCCGAGCAGGACUUGGCGAAGGCCAGAGCGGUACCCGGCGUCGAGCCCAGAGUCGAGCCGAAGGCGAAGCUCCAGAGCCCGCUGCGCCCUUUCCGUGGCCGGCACCGCCUCAGUUUGGACCAGUCAGAACACGAGAGCGCUCUGCGACGAAAGCUUCCUCACAUACCGGGCUCACCGAGCCCAGCAGCCUUCGUGUCCAACGAGUCGGACGAGAUGGAGUUCAUCACACCGGAUGGCUGGGACGGAGUCGAGGAGCCAGUCCUGCUCAGGACCCGCGUGUUCUCGAGCCUGGCGGAGGUCCAGGAGGCCUACGAGGCGCACCUCUUGCCCAUCGAGAACUUCGAGAACGACCCGAUCGACGACAGCGAGCCGGACGACGACUGGACAAACUGCCUGUACAUGACCUACCACGAGCUCUCCGACCUCAGGGACGGCGAGAUGGACGUGGACUGUGCGACAGCACAGGUGGGCGACACGACGGACUCGAACAACCUGUCGAGACGCGAGCAGCGUCAACUGGAUCGUGAAAUCCCCUGGCGGGAGAUCGCAGAGUACCCGGAGGACCAGUUCAUGGAGUACGUCAAGGCCUUGCGCAAGGAGUGCCAGAACUGGGACACCUGGAAGUCCGUUCGGGCCUGCUCGCAGGAGGAGGCCGAACAAGUUCGUCGUGACCCUCAUCUCCGCAAACGGUGCAUCCGCUCGCGCGUGUGCUACCGGGACAAGAACUUGGGGUUUCCGCCGUUGAAGGCCAAGGCUCGCCCGGUGUUGCUGGGGUUCUCCGACCCCGACCUGGAGAAGUUGCCGCGUAACGCCCCGGUGCUGACCGAUGCUGGCAAGAAGCUGAUCUGCCAGAUCGCGGUCUCGAAUGAAUGGCGAGUCGGGACCGGAGACGCGGAGAGCGCCUUUCUCCAGGGAGGCGCCCAGAGCGAGCGCGAGGAGGCGAUCUACAUGAUUCCGCCCAAGGACCCGAUAGUUCAAGCCGCCGGAGUCUUCACCGCCCCACUCUACGAGGUGGUCGGCAACCUGUACGGUCAGUCGACGGCGCCGUACCUAUGGUACAAGCACGUGGUGACGACCUUCCUGGCGCUGGGCAGCAAGCUCCACAGCCUCGAUUCAGCUCUCUUCCUGUGGUUUUUUCCGAACAAUGAGUUGGCUUGCGUGGUGGGUAUGCACGUGGACGAUGCUCUUGCGGCACACCAUCCCAAGUUCGACUUCACACCGAUCGAGAAGGCUAUUAAAUGGCGAGGCUGGCAGUGGGACAACUUCGUCUUCCUCGGCGAGGAGUACCAGCGCCUACGUCAAGGUCCGUACAGCGGAAGUUUGUUUGUUCAUCAAGCGGCCUACACUAAGGCGAUCGCAGUCACGAAGGUUGGAGUUAUGUCCAGCACUCGGUCUUCUUCUAAGCUGACGCGUUCUGAGCGCGAAGAUCUGGAGUCUGCUGUCGGUUCGCUCCAGUGGUUGUCCGGACACACACUUCCAGACCUGUCAGCCGCGGUUUCCCUUGUCCAGAGGACCGACCCCGAGCUGAACGACCUACGGAUGGCCAUGAAGCACGUAGAGUACGCGCACCGCACAGCCCAGACUGGCAUCCUGAUCGUCCGCGUCGAUUUGAGCCGCGCCUGCUUCGUGAGUUUUGCAGACAGCUCAUGGGCGAACGCUCCGGGAUUGAAGACCCAGAUCGGCACCCUCAUCUUUCUGGCAGACGAGGUGAUACUCACCGGACCCACGUCAUGUACUCUCUUGUUUCACAAGUCCAAGAGAACGCCGAGAGUGGUGAGAUCUACGCUGGCUGGGGAAGCUAUCGCGCAGGACCUGGGAGUGGACUACGCGUCGUACUUGUCGAAGUUCCUGUCCGAGAUGUUGACUGGACGGCCUGCUGGCCGACACCCACCGAUCUUCGAGGUUAUCACCGUUACCGACUGCAAGUCUCUGUGCGAUGCCCUCCACCAGCUCACCCCGAGUUUGUCUGAGAAACGUACUGUGAUCGACGUGAUUUCCAUUCGCGACGAGGUGAAGGUCAAGAACGUCAGAUGGAUCCCUACGACGCACAUGAUAGCCGACGGCAUGACCAAGGAGGAUCCGAAGCUUCGUGAGAAUCUGACCAAGUUCUUGGCGGAUCCAGUGCUUUCGCUCGUGGAGUCGAUUGCUUGCGAGGAGCUGACCGGUGGGGAUGGCCAAGUACAGAAGAAGUGA